GGAGGAUCGGGGAAGACGCGUUAUUUUUAUUAUGAAUUGAAAAGUGUGGUGUCUCUGCUGAUAAUUUUAAUAAUUUCGUCGAAUUUCGUGCAUUUCAUUUUAAAAAUCAAUGUCUAAUCGAAAAUUCUGAAGAUAUAAUCAUUGUACAGUUUGUAGCAAUAUCAGUUUCGAUCUUCUCGCAUCAAGUAGCCAUCGUUACGAGGAAAUCUCCAUCAAAAUUUUUAUAAUGAACAAAAUGCAAUGUAAAGUCGUCAUAUUUUGUCACCUUCGUGAAAUUUUGACAUUGCGUCAUGAGUAGCAGAUUGAUGCGUUGGAUCGUGUUGGGCAUCUUUAAAGUUCGAAUGAUGGUUCUGCAAUUUUGGGUAUCACGAAUAUAGCUCACAAUGUCUUCUCGACCAAAUCAUCGCAGAAGUCGUGAUAGAUCACGUGAAAGAGGCCAUCGUAGGCAUAGAUCUCGCAGUCAUGACGCCAGAGACGAUCGCGAAAGACAUCAUUACAAGAGAAAGCAUUCACAUGACAGACACGAUAGUGCAGAUCGAGACAGACAUCGCAACAAACGAGAGAGAAAUUUCCGCGACGAUAAAAAAGAACCAGUUUGGGGUAAACCUGAGAACUCGCCUGCCAAAGAACCGAAAAAAGAGAAAGAAAAGCCCAACUUUCAAACGACUGGAAAACUAGCAGAGGAAACAAACACAUUUCGCGGAGUAGUAAUCAAAUACAGCGAACCUCCCGAAGCUCGAAUACCUAAACGAAGAUGGAGGCUUUACCCGUUCAAAGGCGAAAAAGCAUUACCAGUUUUAUACAUUCAUAGGCAAAGUGGAUAUUUAAUGGGUAGAGAUAGAAAAAUUGCCGACAUUGCCAUAGAUCAUCCUUCUUGUUCGAAACAACACGCAGCUUUUCAGUUUAGAUUGGUACCGUUUAAAAGAGACGAUGGAAGUACUGCGCAGAGAGUUAGACCUUAUAUCAUGGAUCUAGAAUCCGCUAAUGGAACGUUUAUAAAUAAUAAGAAAGUAGAACCUAAACGAUAUUACGAAUUAUUCGAGAAAGAUGUUUUAAAAUUUGGCUUUAGUUCUAGAGAAUAUGUUUUAUUGCACGAACAUAGUAAAGAUUCCGAUGAAGAUGAUGAUAUGAAAGAAGAACCGGGAACCAAAGAGGAACCGGUAGAGAGUUAGGUUUAAUAAUUUGUAUCAUGUGAUUUUAUAGAAUAUUUAAAUCUGUAAUAUAUUAUGUUUUUCAUUAUUUAAA